AUGGCAGCCAUUGAGGAGAGGCCAACGCUGACCAAUCUCCAUCAGCAGAUUGGGGAAAAUAUACUGAUUGCAGUUGGAGGUGAGAAAUUCAUUCAGAAAAAGAAUAUUGACGAGAUCUUUACCCGAGAAAACAUCACCCGAGCUGUUGAUGAACUGCACUGCGUAUCAUCUCAGGACUUUGAGCUUGUUGAACUAGCCGAGGAAGUCUUCGAAAACUAUCGAACAGUGUUUGCAAUCCUGAUUUGGAUACACCGCGAGGACGAUAUCACCGUUUUUCGCCGACGCAAAGCCGUUGAUGAUCGACUUCCUCUAAGCAAAGCUACGGUUGAGCAGAUGAUAUCAAGUCAUGCACAAACAUUCGUCGAAUCACAAUGCACCUUUCUACCUUACUACUUCGAAAGCGGCAGCCGACAUGGGCAGGAGAAGGUUUAUUGUCAUGAGCACAUCGCUUCAGAAAGGAUCUUACCAUUCACCAAAGAGACUCAAACUCGUGGACCUCGAGGUAACUUUGGUGAGAUAUCUAUGGUGACGAUCCCUAUAUCCUCUCAGGCCUUUCUAAUAUCUGAAACAGAAUCUGUUGUGGUAGUGAAAAAGAAGAUAAAACGUCGAAAAAAGCACUCCGACCGUACUUACGAGGAAGAGUUCACCCGAGAACUACGUAUCUUGAGCUUCCUUCGCCCACUUCAACACCGUAACGUCAUUCGCCUGCUAGCAUCAUACACGUACAAUAAUGAGCACAACUUCCUCAUGCCCUGCCUUGACAUGAGCCUUAAAGAGUUUCUUCAUUUGGACUAUCGUUUCGGAGACUUUAGGUGGGACUCAACAUUCUAUCUAGCCUUGUACGGUCUAGGAUCCGCACUGGAAAGUCUCCAUGAGUUUCGUCUCACAAAUGCAAAACAUGGGCUCGACAAGAUUGCCAUAGGCUAUCACCAUGACUUCCGGACUGAUAACAUCCUAGUCACUAAAGAAACAUUUGUCUUGACUGACUUUGGUCUUGGGAUGCUGAAACUGCCGGACGAAGAUCCCAGUACGCAAUGGUUCCCCACAACAAGCGAUUACAUGGCACCAGAAUGCGAGGACCAAGAAUACAAGCCCCAGUCAGUCUCCCAAAAGAUUGAUUCCUGGGCCUAUGGGUGUCUGGUUGCAGAUCUGAUAACAUACAUGCAACAAGGACCUUCAGGGGUGGACGCUUUCUUGCAGUUAAGGAGGGAGAGUUUUCCAAAUCAAAAAAACCAGGAGUCCACUUGUUUUUAUCGGUCACAGGAACAACUCAAGCCUUGCAUCUUCCAAUGGCUCGAUCAAUUCGCUUCCGCGGACAACUUGGGCCUUAUCGAAACCGCGCGGUCCGUUCUCAUUGUAAACCCAGAAGACCGUCCAUCGAUGUCGGAAGCUCGUUGUACGCUUGCAGUUCCAACACUUCGAGUCCUCGUGCAACAUGUUUUGGAGAAAUUUAAACAGCUACUAGACACCAGAAAGACUCUCCAGAGGCUCAGCAUGAACCUAUGGUGGGCACAUGCGCAAAUAGACUUAUUCAAUCACUCGGUCUCUGAUCAUUUCGAUGAUGAUACUCAUUUCGCGCGGCAUGCAGGCUCGUUUGAGAAGUGCUCGGAUACUCUCGUUAAGCUCCUCCGUGAACUGGAUUCCAUUCUCCAAACAAUCUCCGAUACUGGAAAGCUUGAUAUGUCGUUUGAUACGCCUCUUCAAAGCUUGGCCCAAUGUUUAGCAAAUCAACUUCCAACAAAGCUUAAAGAAAGGGCGGAGGCUAAGUGGUUUGUAUCACUUUCCGAAGGCCACCAGAACUCCUUGAUCAAAAACACAUACGUUCAGUCCCACGAACAAAGAGAUCAGACAAGAGAAUCUGUUCGUCAACAUAUGAGGGACCUUCUCACCAAGCCACCUGACCCAUCUGAACCAGAAACAGUAGAGCUUUAUCACGAUCACAAGGCUCUUAAGUAUGUGGAAUUAAUGCAUGGUCACUAUUACGGUCUUUUCAACGAUAACUGGGUUCUCGUCGAGUCAAUGUAUUGGAAGCCCGAAGACCCAGCAAUUACAGUAGAGGAAAGACAUCGUGUUAUGCAGCGCAGAGCCCAGGGGUUUAGCCAGGAACCUAAACCUGCACCUCUCUGUUUGCUCAAGUGCCUUGGCUUUGUUGACGAACGCAGACGAGAAGAUGGAGAAGAAGGGUAUUCAUUCUUAUACGAGCUACCUCCCGAGGUAAACAAUGCCAAAUUUCAUGGUAUGGUCAGUCUUGCCGCGAUCCUGAAUCGCACAGCUGCAGAUAAGCCAACCCCACGAGACAAGUUCCAGUUAGCAUACGCCUUGGCAACUUUCGUUCAAGAGUUUCAUUUACUUGGAUGUUUGCAUGAGACCUUUUGUGCGAGAAAUAUUGUCUUCCUGAGAGAUCCCUUGACUGAAGUUGGGGGUAAUGGUGCGUGGGGCCAAUAUUACGUGAUUGGCCUACAGAAGAGUCGACCGGAGGGGCAGAAUUGGAGCACCGAAGGCCCAGCCGAGAUCUCACUACAGGAAGAGCAAGAAAGACAUCCAGACUACCAAGCGAACGGACGAUUCCUUGCGGAGUAUGAGUACUAUAGUCUCGGCAUUAUCCUUCUUCAAAUUGGAUCUUGGAGUCCUGUGCUGAGUUUCAAGGUGACGGAGCUUAAGCAACUGAGAGAGAAUAAGAAACACGCCUACCUUGAAAGACUGAGUCGUCGCAUUGGUCAAAAGUUUACGGAUGUCAUACGAGUAUGCUUGGAUCGGUCGUUGGACAGGGACUCUAAUGCGUUAGGAUUGUCUUUGGAGGAGCAUAAUCAGGAAGUUUUACACAAGUUUCAGGAUAAAGUUGUGACCCCUUUAGCGGAACUGGCAAGUCUUGAUUUUUAA